AUGUCACAAAUGACGUCUCCUGAGAAGAAGGGCCCUGGUGCCCAAGAUACGAUUGAUGCCGCACCCAGCUCGGAACUACGUUCACCCUCGGUGACUGUGGGCGAGACUGACAAGUACGAGGGUGACCGUGUAGCUGAGCAAUUCUACGGCUCAUCCGUCACUGAUUCGUACCGACUGAAGUCGGAGCUUGUGGGAAGAUGCUUUGAGGACAUUGGCAUGGGCCGUUACCAGUGGGAACUCUUCAUCAUCUGCGGCAGCGGCGGCGCCAUUGACAAUUUGUGGGUAAUGCUCAUGUUUGUUGUUUACGAUACUGAGUCUGACAUGUCACAUAGCUGGUCUCAAGGUAUCGGUGCCGUCCAGCCAUCUGUCGCCCUCGAGUUCUCACGUGGACCCCCGGUAACCUUCAGUUCGAUGGCCUACUAUGUCGGUCUCAUCCUCGGCGCUACCUUCUGGUCGACCUCGGCCGACUUUAUUGGACGAAAGCCUGCCUUCAUGGCCACCCUGUUGAUCGGUGGUAUCUUUGCUCUUGGUGCCGGAGCUAGCCAUAACUUCAUCACGUUCAGUGCUCUCUGGGCUGUCAUCGGGACGGCUGCUGGGGGCAACGUGCCCGUUGACAACAUGAUCUUCCUCGAAUUUGUCCCUGCGUCACACCAGUGGCUUCUGACGGCGCUCUCGACCUGGUGGAUCCUUGGCCAGCUACUCGUGUCGCUUAUCGGAUGGGGGUUCAUCGCCAACUUUUCCUGCCCAGCUGACGGUAUGCCCGGAACUUGUCGACGCGAGGAUAACAUGGGAUGGCGAUACACCAUGUUCACUCUGGGUGCGGCGGCGGUGGCUUUCUCCUUGGUACGCAUUCUCGUCUUCAAGAUGCCCGAGUCUCCGCGAUAUCUCCUAUCAAAGAAACGCGAUGCCGAGGCCGUCGAGGCUGUCAAUUACGUCGCCCGCCGCAACGGAAAGCCCGAGCCUUUAACUUUGGCCAUGCUUAAUGACAUUGACAUACGUCUUGGAAAUAUGACUGCAGGGGACGACAGCUCACGAGUUGGACUCACACGAAAGCAAAUUCUCAAAGAGAACAUCUCCGACUUCAAGUUCAGCAACAUCCGACAGCUCUUCACCACAAGGCCCUUGAUCCAGCACACAACCAUUCUUUGGACCAUUUGGAUGACCAUUGGCAUUUCGUACCCUCUUUACUUCAACUUCCUCCCAACCUAUCUUGCUCAGCGAUUUGUGCAAGACUCAUCCUUGAAUGCCACGUACCGAAGCUACUGCAUCCAGUCCGCCGUCGGCAUGGCUGGUCCGGCUCUAGCUGCUGCGCUGGUUCAGACCAAGUUAGGAAGACGUUAUGCCAUGGCGAUCUCUUCUGUCGCCACUGGAGCGUUUCUCUUUGCCUAUACUGCGGCGCGGACACCAGCGGCCAACUUGGCUUUUUCUUCAGUCACUGGGAUGGUUGGAAACCUCGGUAAGCAAGCAAUCACUGUAUUUUUGCCCAUCUUUGAUGCCCGGCCUCUGACCUCAUUAGAGUACGCGAUUCUUUUCGCAUUCACGCCCGAGUCGUUCCCCGCCCCGUUUCGUGGUAUGGCCUGUGGCAUCGCAGCUGGUCUUUUGCGGCUCGGUGGACUCUUCGCCAGCCUGAUCGGAACUUAUACGGACUUUUCGGUUGUGCCAAUCUAUAUUGCUGGUGCCAUGUGGGUGGGCGUAGGCCUCAUGUCUUGUGUGCUGCCAUUCGAGACUCAUGACCAUGCUGCCAUCUGA